UUGAAUUUUAGAUCGAACACCGAAAAAUCGUAUCCGUGGAGGAGAUGAAGUCUCCGUGGCUUCUAGCUGCGUUGUUCCUGACCGCGGCGGUCAAUGCUCAGUCCACCCAAGAUGGAGCAGCCGACGUCUGCAUGACUCAGAGGACUUGCAAAGACUGCCUCCAGGCCGGGCCUCUGUGUUCCUGGUGCAACAAGGAAUCCUACGAAGGUUCCCGAUGCGAUCUUCACGUCAUACACAGAGAAAAAUGCAAAGGGGAAUUCGACGAUCAGAAAACUCAGGAGGUACACAUUGUCGAAGAUAGAAACCUGACUGAGCCACGCUCCACAAAUGCGGAAACGAUUGUACAACUCAAGCCCCAGAGGCUGACACUAAAGCUGCGGCCCGGCGUGAGUCACACCGUGCCGAUCUUGUUCAGGCAAGCCGAAGAUUAUCCCGUUGAUCUCUAUUAUCUGAUGGAUCUGUCGAACUCUAUGAGCGACGAUAAGGAGAAGCUUGCGAAGCUCGGCAAAGAGUUGGGUGACGAAAUGAACAAAAUCACCCGCAAUUUCCGCUUGGGCUUCGGAUCCUUCGUCGACAAAGUCGUCAUGCCUUACGUCAGCAUGGUACCCGAAAAACUGAACGAACCUUGUACUAAGUGCGUCCCUCCUUACGGUUUUCGGAAUCAUCUCGCCCUGACUGGAAACACCCAGCGAUUCGUGGCCGAGGUUAGUGUCUGUUUGUCGAGGUGGUUCCCCGUGAAUCGAUUCGGGAAACCCGCCGCAAUCGGAACUAACGGGAGAUGGUUCUAGGUGCAAGCUGCAAACGUUUCUGGGAAUCUGGACGCUCCCGAAGGUGGAUUCGAUGCCAUCAUGCAGGCGGUCGUUUGCGAGAAGGAGAUCGCGUGGAGGAGAAACGCCCGGCGUCUCCUGCUCUUCUCCACCGACGCCGGUUUCCAUUAUGCGGGUGAUGGUAAACUCGGAGGCAUUGUGACACCGAAUGACGGUCAGUGUCAUUUGGUCUCGAAUGAGUACACGCACAGCGACAAAUUGGAUUAUCCGUCCCUCAGCCAGAUAAACUCGAAGAUCCAAGAGAACAAAAUCAGCAUAAUAUUCGCAGUCACCGAAGAUCAAGAAUCUAUUUACUCGAAGCUCGCCAACAUGCUCGAAGGUUGCAGUCACGGAAAGCUUGCCAACGACUCUUCGAAUGUAGUCGAUCUCGUCAAGGAGCAAUACCAACGUAUUACCUCCCAGAUCGAGAUGACUUACGAAAUUCGAAGGGAAUACGAAAUCGAGAAAGAGCAGCCCAAGCAGAAAGACGACGAAACAUUCAUAAAGGUCUCCUUCCAAUCGAAAUGCUUGGACACGAACGCACCCAAACCCAUGGAGACGAACAAGUGCGACAAGAUAAAAGUGGGCGAUCAGGUCCAGUUCGAUGCUAUUAUAGACUUGAAGAAGUGUCCCAAGGACCCGAAGGAUUGGAAGAGAACUAUCACCAUUUCACCCGUCGGCCUGAGCGAGAAGCUCACCAUCGAUCUCGAGAUGGUCUGCGCUUGUGCUUGCGAAAGUAUUCCCGGAACACCUCGAUCACCGCUUUGUAACGGCGUCGGCACUCAUCAAUGCGGUAUAUGUCAAUGCAACGACGGUCACAGCGGGAAGUUCUGUGAAUGCGAAGACUCGAAUAAGUCGAAAGUCGGAGAGGAAACUUGCAGGGCUGCAGGCGAAAGCAGACUCUGCUCAGGUCGUGGUGAAUGCCACUGCGGAGAAUGUCGUUGCAACGAAAGGAGUUCGCCUCUUGAAAUCAUCACGGGCAGAUUCUGCGAGUGUGACAAUUUCUCAUGCGAUCGUCACAAUAACAAACUUUGCGGCGGUGAAGACCGUGGGACCUGCGUUUGUGGACAAUGCGUUUGCAAACCCGGCUGGGAAGGCGCUGACUGUAGCUGUGCCACUUCGAACGAGCGCUGCUUGACGGCGAACGGCGGAGUUUGCAAUGGGCAUGGAAAAUGUCAUUGCGGCAAGUGUAUUUGCGAGCAAGACUUCACCGGAGACACAUGCGGGGAAUGUCCCACCUGUCCGGGCAAAUGUAUCGAGUUUAAGGAUUGCGUCGAGUGUCAACAGUUCCCUGACAAUCCUGGACGCCGCUACGACACCAAAGAGUUGUGUCAUGAGAAAUGCGAUCAUCAAUUCAUCACGAUCAAGAGUCCGCUUCUGGACUACAACGAGGACAAAGGAGACAAAUUGUGCAUAUUCAGAGACGCACAAGAUUGCAAAAUCACAUUCGUCUAUAGGGAAGAGAAUGGAAAGUAUUCGGUACGUGCCAAGGAUAAAGAAUGCGCCGAGCCUGUCGAUAUUCUAGCGAUCAUCAUCGCUGUCAUCCUGGGUAUUGUGUUGAUCGGUCUCUUCUUGCUGCUUAUCUGGAAGCUGCUGACCACGAUCCAUGAUAGGAGAGAAUAUGCCAAAUUCAAAGACGAAAGCAAACAAGCCAGAUUCGGGACUGGUGAGAACCCGAUUUACAAACGCGCGAUCACCACAUUCAAGAAUCCGACGUACGGAGGUGGCAGAUAGAGUGGCGAAACAUCCAGUGGGCUUUUCUUGACUGAAGGACCGAUAGAUAGGUAGACAGAGAGACGCAGGAACAUAGGAACGACGUUUGUGAGUUCAAUAAUCGAGCGGAGCGUCGCCAGACGAUCCGGUCAGCAUUCACGGAACGGCUCUCAGGAGUCAAGCACAAAGAGCAAAGUGUUGGUAACCUCUGAUUAUUUCUUACUUUUCCUACCUUAUUUAACUUGCGAUGACGAUGGGACGGUCGAGCGGACGAGCGAAUGCUUCACUGACGGUGGGGCUCUCCCGUUGUGCUGAUUUUCACAAAACCCUCCGGCGAAUAAAU